GUGUCGUCAUCCAUCACCAAGCACUCACACGACUCACAAUGUUCUCAAGACGUGUUAUUCCUCAAGCCUUCCGCACCGCCACCCGCGCAACCUUCGCCCGUGCCUCCCCAAGCGCACGCUUCCUCACACCCUUCCAAAUCCGAUGCCUCUCCGAUGAAGUUCGUAGCGCAAUUGACCGCGCCGUCGCUUCCUCGCCCGUUGUGUUGUUCAUGAAGGGUACCCCAGAGACACCGCAGUGUGGGUUCUCGAGGGCGAGCAUACAGAUUCUGGGCAUGCAGGGUGUGGACCCGGACAAGUUUACAGCGUUCAAUGUGCUCGAGGAUCAGGAGCUGAGAGCAGGAAUCAAGGAGUACUCGGAAUGGCCCACGAUACCCCAGCUCUACGUCGAUAAGGAGUUCAUUGGUGGUUGCGAUAUCCUCAUGACUAUGCACCAGGAUGGUUCGCUGGCGAAGAUGCUCGAGGAGAAGAACGUUGUUGUGCCAGCUGAGGGCGAGCAGAAGUAAGAGCUUCGUUCAUCAAGAGGAAGAGGUCAAAGAGAGGAUAAACAUAAUGAUUGUACCAUACAGCUCGGAAGCACGUUUUGGCCUCGCAGCUUGACCGAUG